AUGGAUUUGACACCAGUCCUGGUUGAGACAUGGACUCUUUAUGCCAUAGGGUCUUGCAUGAUUGGAACAAGAGUGUUUGUUCGAACAAGACUUGUUGGGAUACAGGGUUACGGCCCUGAUGACUACCUCGUCUGGUUUACUUGGCUGGUAUAUACCUGCGUCACAAUUAUUGCGCAUGUAUUCUUAGUCCAGGCGGGGGGAAAACAUACAUCGGUGUUAACAGAUGCUCAACGAGCGGCCUUAACAGCGAGUGAGCGGAAAGAUUGGGAGUAUGGCUCCAAGCUCUUCUCCUUCGGCUUCUUCAGCUACGCCACCAUUGUCUGGAGUCUGAAGUUCAACAUGCUUUUCUUCUACCGUCGGCUUGUCAGAGGUCUACACAUUGAACGAUUUGUCCUGCCUGCUUUCGGAUUCGUCGGGGCAGCGGGUAUUGCAUCCGUCCUUACUUUCUGCUUGGCAUGUGUCCCCUUCCACAAGUUGUGGCAGGUUUAUCCAAACCCAGGAGGGCAAUGCUAUCCACAAAAUCCUGUGACAUUCUACACUGUCGCAGUUCUGAAUGUCCUUACAGAUAUGUGCAUUAUUGCUAUUCCUAUCCCUAUGGUCAUCCGAGUACAAGCUAGCAUUAUGCGAAAAAUCGGUCUGAUGAUGCUCUUCAGUCUCGGCAUGUUCUGUAUGAUUGCUGCCGUUGUUCGUGUUGUUCUUAUUUUCAAGCUCAAGCGCCAUGGUGACGGAGCUCUAUGGUCCAUUCGUGAAGAUUUCGUCGCAGUCAUUGUCGGCCAGGCACCCCUGGUAUACCCGAUCACCAAGCCCAGAUUUUGGAAGAGCAUCAUCGGCGGUGACAAAUAUGAGGAAACCGACCACAGCCAACAAUACAAAGACAGCAAGGCAUCAUCGAAGCGAAAGGUCAAGGACCCCUACAUGAUUACCCAGACCGAACUUACUAUGGUUGACAAGUCCGAAAGUACUGAGGAGAUCAUAAAAGUGGACGAGGGAAAGAUGGACGGCGGCAUCCUCGUUCAGAGGACUUACAAUGUUGAUGUUGAAAGCUCCAGAACGGAGUCGGGUCACGAAGACAAGAAAUACCCAGGCCAGGCGUUUUAA